AUGUCCCCAGUCGCCGCUGCCAGCCGGUUGUUACCAGCGCAGCAGCGAAGUGCAGACGCCUUGCUCGGUGCUCACAAGUUGGCUUCCAAUGUAUGGCUCGUGCUGCCGCCAAAUUUGAAGGGUGAUCAGGGAAAGACUUGCUCAGAUGACAUCUUUGACAUUGUUGGGUUCGGUUGGCAGCGGGUGUCCAGCUUGACUUCCACAUUGAGCUUGUUGCUUGAGAGGGUUGGCAGGCCGCCGGUUGUGUUUUUCGUUGCGAGGCAACGCUUGCUGGCUGCCAAGCUGAUGUUGGCUUGGCAUGUUCUGGCGAGACAUGUUCAUUGUUUUUGUCACUCGAGCAAGACCAAAAGCCAACAGGCUCACUGA